AUGGGCGACACGGCUCCCCCCCAGUCCGCGGGGCUGGGGGCCGGGCUGCUGGGGGGGGGCCCGGCGGCGCCCCGGGUGCACAGCGCCAUCGUGGAGCGGCUGCGGGCCCGCAUCGCCGUCUGCCGCCAGCACCACCUCAGCUGCGAGGGGCGCUACGAGCGGGGCCGCGCCGAGAGCUCCGACCGCGAGCGGGAGAGCACCUUGCAGCUCCUCCACCUCGUGCAGCAGGGGCAGGGCGCCCGCAAAGCCGGCAAACACCCCAAGGCGGCCGCCGCCGCCGCCCAAGGCUCGGCCGCCCCCGGCGCCGCCACCGCGCCCCCGGACUACCACCAGCACCUCCUCAGCAACGGCGGCAUCAACGGGGAGCAGCCGGCGGGGGAGCAGCGCGCCUCAGCACUCCUAGCGCUCCAAGGCUCCUUGAAGAGAAAGUUGGUGGUAAAUCUGUCACCUGUCAACAAGAGGCCCAAUGGUGUUUCAGAGAGCUCUUUCCUUGACAUUAAGAGGUUAAGAGUGGGUGAUAAUAUCUCAGUGGGACAAGGUGGACAACAUGUUAACAAUUGCCAAAGCCAGUCUAUGUCAGGAACUAUGUCUGUGGGGCAAGGAUCACAAAGAAAGGCCAGCAGCCUGGCAAACAAUGCCCAUCCUAGUGGUAAUGGCAUGUUUAAUAUGACUUUGAGAGAGGUAAAGAAAGAACCAGGAGAAACUGUGUCCUGCAGCAAACACUUAGAUGGCCAGGCAUCCCAUGAAAACAUGUUCCCUAAUAGAUAUGGAGAAGAUUCAUGGGAACAAAUGAUGGAUCUGGAGCUUCAGGAGCUAUUUAAUGAACUGACUAACAUAUCAGUGCCACCAAUGAGCGAUCUGGAGCUAGAGAAUAUGAUAAAUGCUACAAUAAAACAAGAUGAGCCAUUCAACAUUGACCUCGGACAGCAGAACCAGAGGGGCCCUGUGAGAUCUCUGCAGAUGGAUAAGAUGGUGAUAAAGAGUGAAUAUGCACCAGGCAUGAAUCAGGCUCCUGUGGGCUCCCCACAGAUGAGACCUUCUUCCACAGGUCCAGCCUUCACUAUGGCCACUGCUGCCAUGUCCACCUCUUCACCCAUCCCUUCGGUGCCUCAGAGUCAAACGCAGGUAUCACAGGUCUCUUCUGCAUCCAGUCGGCCACUGCCAAACUGGCAGGAGGUGUCUCAUGCACAGCAGCUCAAACAGAUUGCAGCCAACAGGCAGCAACAUGCCUUGAUUCAGCAGCAACAGCAGCAGCAGAACCAGACAGCCAAUUGGUCCACCUUGUCUCCAUCAGGACCUUCCCCUGGACCCUUUGUGCAAGAGAAAAUCCCCAGUCCUUCUUUUCGCCAGCAGCAGUUCAGCCCACAAAGCUCAGCAAUGCUCGGGGUACCAGUGAAUGGAAACCAGACAAAAGGGAUGAACAACUAUGUUUAUAAACCAACCACUCCCCAGAACAAUCCCAUGGACAUAAUCAUGCAACAGAAGCCUCAGGACCUCAACAGAAACUUUAUCAACAGUGCUCAACCACCCCUAGAGCAGCAUCAUGGCAACACAAAGCCUUUGUUUCACUUUAACUCAGAGCAAACAAACCAGCAAAUGCCUUCGGUUUUGGGUUCCCAAAACAAGCCUGCUCUUCUGCACUACACACAGCAGGCACAGGGCUCAGCCCCUGUGCAACAGCCACAGCAACAGCCACAGCAACAGCCACAACAACAGCCACAGCCACAACCUCCUCAGCCUCUCCCAAACCAGCCUCUUCAAAGGCCACCCAAUGUACCACUAGCAAUGCAGCAAAAAAUGAUGCUUCAGAAAAUUCAGCAAAGCCAGCAGCUCUCGGGUUUGCAGUAUCCAGUCUCUCAGCAGCAUAGACAGGAUCAACACUCUGUGGUAGGCCAGGGAUCUGGCCCCACUCCAAGCUCCAAUUCUUGCUCGAAUCCAAACACUGGAAGUGGUUACAUGAACUCAUCCCAGCAAUCAAUGUUGAAUCAGCAACUGAUGGAAAAGAAACAGGCUCUGCAACGGCAGAUGAUGGAGCAAAAACAACUCCUUCUACAGCAGCAGAUGUUGGCAGAAGCUGAGAAAAUCACUCCACAAGAUCAGCUGAACAGACACUUGACACGACCACCACCAGAUUAUAAAGACCAAAGAAGGAACGUGGUCAGCAUGCAGCAAGCAAACCAAUAUCCUGGUGGUUCAACAGCUGUGAGUAUGAGCUCCAACAAUAUGUCCUUGUCCAACCCAAUUUCAACUCACAGCAUCAUGCCCCAGAGCUCCAGCCUCAUGUCCACCCCUGCUGGGACCCGGAUGCCCUCUGUUCCCGCAGCUCGGAGCAUGGGCUGUUAUGGGAACCUUCCUUGCAACCAACCGAGCGCAUACAAUGUCACUUCGGGCAUGAACCAAAUGCAGCCACACAGAAACCAAAAUCAAGUCCUGCCCAGUCAGAAUAACCCCCUGAUGCCUCGACAGCAAACCAUGACACAGGGGAACAAUGUGACAGCUUUUGGGACAGGGUUGGCAGUCAACUCGCAGCAAGUCAGGCCGAGCUUGAACCACGGAGCCACGGGUAUCCCUGCGCAAAGGCCGCCCAACGUGAUGAUCACAGCCACUGCCACUGCCCAGAACUGGGCCCCACAAGAAGCUGCAGUGAAGCAGCAGGAUGCACUGAAACCUGCAGGGCUCCGUUUCCCCACCGGCACUCCGUAUCCCAACCAGUCCUUGCAACGUAGCGUAGGCAGCCAGCAUUUUCCUCAGCGUGCUCUGGCACCUCCUGCUCAGUUAACAGCUGGAGUCCAGAUGAGGCCUCCUCCAAACCAAAUCCACCAGACUGUAAAUGGACAAUCUGCUGGCUCAUUACGAGGUCUCAGCAUAAGACCUAACCAGCUGAGAGGACAGACUGUGCCUACCUUGAAUCAGCCAGGAACGAGUAUGACACCUCCAUCAUCUCUGCCGUCAACAAGUUUCACAUCUACCAACCAAAACUCUCGGGCUUACCAAGGAAGUGACCAUGGUAGUGACCUAGCGUUUGACUUUCUGAACCAGCAAGGUGAUAGUAUAGGGCCUGCACUCAACAGUGACUCAGAUUUUAUAGAUUCUUUACUGAAAACAGAACCUGGUAACGAUGACUGGAUGAAAGACAUCAACCUCGAUGAAAUUUUGGGGAACCACUCAUAAGUGACAGUACCAAGGGUGGACCAGAUGGAGAGGCAGUAAGGACAUUAGUUUUCUCUUUAAAUGCCAUCAACUUGGUUUAUUAAUUUACACUCCUGUAACUGGGAUGUCCUUUAAAAUACCAUGUAGGGCAACUGCCCUGUUUGAAGAGUUGCUUUAGGAACAAAAGUCAAGUCUCUCCUGAUGAAAUGGUAACAUGAGUGAUAUUCAAGGCCGCCACAAAGGAGUGAGAAUGUGUGAAGUGUCUGUUCCUCGCACCAGUGCUCAUUAGAAGUCCAUCAGUUCUUCUCACAGGAUCUGUGUGGAAAACUGUUUAGCUUCCCACACACACAAGCACCAGACAGUGAUAUGGGUUGUGGAACACCAUUUCUCUGAGUGCAAGGAAGAGCCCAAGUGGUCCAGAGUUCUUCAGUCAUCAUGUCUGCAGCCCUGAACUUUUUUGGGACUACUUGGCCCUGAGAACAUCAGGCCCUUUGUAAAUCUCAUUGUGUUACAAAUACUCUUUAUUUCAAACUCACAUUUGCUUUCCUAAAUAUUUUGGUUUAAUCUCUCUCUGUUUUGUAGCACACAAAAGGGUAAGCUGUCUUAUCCAAGGGAAGAAGGAAACAGAUCAUCCAGUGCAUUACUCAGUGUGCUCUGGUGUUCACCUUCUCCCUUUCAUCAGUGCUUGCUACAACUAUCAGAGGAGGCUGCUGCCCUGCCAGCAGCACAAUCAUUUUGGACAUUGAGGGAAACAUGAGAUGAACUACACCAGUGUGGAGCCUUACUUUGCCAUCUUGCCCUACUCCAGGAAGUCCAGUGACUUAAUGGACAACUUAAGUAAGAAAGGUGCUCAUGAUUUGUCUCUCACUGACUACUUUCCCAGUCCAGCUUAGAGGAGGGCAAAUGCAUGAACUGGCUUAGCUAAGCCAGAAUCCCCAUUUUAGUCUUAACCCAUGGCAAGUGUCAGGUAGUUCAGCCCAGUCCUCUUCUAUCAAACAGGUUUACCCCAUCAGAAAUUCCAGCAUCUCUUCUGGGGAGAGGCUACUGUUUUGAUUGCAGAGCACUUUUGAUCCAUCCCACUUUACCAUAUGGGGGAGUUGAGAAAGGUCCAGUGAUGAUCCAGGUCCUCACAUCCUCCAUCAGGCAGAAUACAAGAGGUUCUGCCCCUGAAAGCAGCAUGGGUUACUCAAGGCAGGAGGCUUCACUCAGCCAUCUCUAUGCUUGUAAAUGAAAGAGUUGUGCAUAAUGUUUCUGGGCACUGAAAUUGUGUGUUGUGGGCUUGAGGGUGGCCCAGCUAACACUGCCCUGAACAAUUAAUCCUAAGGAGUUAAGCUGAGGCAGGGACCAUUUCCACAGACAGUUUGUAGCCACCUUCCCUUGGAGUCCAACAGAACAGUAAGAAUACAGGGUUUUACACAUCACUUGACCUCAGUGCCAGGGCCAGUGCCAGUGUCUUGACCAUGUUAAAUUUUCUCCUAUAGACUUGGUCUGCAAGGGUAUCAGAAGGAGGUGCUAUGUCACUGUAAAGCAGCUCUGCAGUGAGUCAGACAGAAGGAUUCGUAUUCAAUUCAAAUGAAAAUGCUGGUCUUUCAAAUGAUGUGGUGAGACAUGUUUCACAGUCUCCUCUGAAUUAGCUAAAACUUGAUGUGGCAAAGGAAUACAAUGCCUAUGUUCACAUGCCACAGUGCCAAGAGGCAUUGUUCUGCCCUGUGCAAGUGCUUUAUUCAUCCUUGUUAGUGGCAGUGGGAUGAGUAGACUAUUUGACAAUAGCCUCUGCACUUAUCUGACCUAUUUCUCAAGAGAGGUUUUAAUAAGGCUUUUCCUGUCAUUUCAAGUGUGCAAAAUUUUUCAUAUUUCAAGAAGCACUGUCACUCAAACAAGCAUCUGCAACUCCAGGAAAAGUGUAAUAUGGGCAUUUCACUAGACAUACCAGUUGAGAUGGGCUGGUCCAUGAUGCUUUUCAUUCCCAGCUCUGGUUUUCAUAAGAGGGACAAGAAGGCUUGCUAAGGAGUCCCCUCUGCUGCCCCAGCUAGGGAUCAUUUCACAGUCCUGUAUUUUGUAACAUGGUGGCUCAGCUGCACAGACAGCUCUCUCCUCCCUGGUUCUGGCUGGGGUGCAUGUGGUUCCUUUGAUAUGCCAGUACAAAAUUUUCUAGGUCUUCUAAGAGCUUUUCAACCUAGGUCACUGGUGCCUCACCUAAGUAUGGAGAGAUACAGACACGGUCUAAUAAAUGAGUACCCUAUAGAUUGUGCAAAACUAGACUGAAAUGGUAUCUAUAGGAGGGUAAAGUAGAAGGAAGAUGGGCUCAUCUGCCUCCCCACAGGCACACACCCCAUUCAUCAGCAGGUAAGCACUGACUGCUGAAGCUCUGGUAGGAACAGACCACAGCCAUGCCACUAAGGUCAAGGCUGAGUUAGUAUCAUGAGCAAUGGGUACCUAAGUUUAGUAACAUCAACUAUCCCCACAUACCAUUGGAAAAAACACCACUGGUUUCUGUAUUAAGACCAGUUUGUUGUCCAGAUCGUCAAACGAUGUAAAAAAAUUGCUCAGCCGAGGAGCUGCUCCCAAGCCUUCAGUGUAUCAUUCAGUGGUGUAUCCAGUGCUGAGCUUUGCCCCACUGGCCUCAGCCUGGAGCAGAGAAGACACUGGGCUGUGGGUGCCAUCUCCAGAAUCAAAAAUUCAACCCUUCUUAAAGUAAAUUCAACAAAGGUAGAGGCCAUGUCCUGUAACAAAGUGUCUGAUGCAGUUGAAAUGUGACCCUGUGAAAGAUUCUUGCAACCAAAAACUUGAAUCCAGUAUCAUUUCUGUCAGAACAUUUGUAUCUGAACAGAGCUAGUGUCUUUUUUCUCUUUCUUUGCAAUGGCUAAGUGAACUACCCUUAUAGUCUAUUUUUCAU